CGUCUCGAGAUGCUGGCAACAUGGCUCUAGCGAAAGACCGACGCAUCGACUUCAUCACCGAGCAAGCGCUGGCAGAUCUCGUUGCAGAGUAUCCAGAACACGUCCCGGCCAGAGCAGCCAACUAUGAAGAAGCGCGUUAUGUGUCAAUUCCCCAAGCCGUAUCGGAUCGAAGACGAGAUGGCAAGCCUGCACUGGAGCAGAGUGAUGUACUCGCGCUCGUCGAUUGGAAGUUGUCUCAUGGCACCUUUCGCCCGAAAUUGAAGCAACUCGUGCAGUCAAAUCCCCCGGAUCUGGUUCACACCACCACAACCUCUGCAUUCGCAAAAUACGAUGGCAAAGCAGAGAGCGCAAAAUCAUGCUUGACCGACCUGUGUGUUUUGAAAGGCAUCGGCCCCGCGACUGCAAGCUUGCUACUGAGUGUAGCUUUCCCCGAUUCCGCGCCCUUCUUUUCUGACGAGCUGUUUCGUUGGACUUUUUGGGAGCAGGGCAAGGGCAAAGGUUGGGACAGGCCAAUCAAAUACACGCCAAAAGAGUAUCUGCAAUUGUUCGAGAAGGUCCAGCAACUCCGCCAGCAACAUGACUGGUCAGCUGUGACCAUGGAGAAAGCUGCAUAUGUCCUUGGCAGGCAAGCACUGCACAAGAACGCCCACGAUAGCAAGGAAGAAGUCGAGGAGCCCAAGGAAUCUGCGCGAGAUGAUGCAAAAUCUAAGAAGCGCCCAAUUCUUGAGCCGAACGAUCGUAUUUCGCAACCGGCGAAGAGGACCAAAAAUGCCGUUCCCAAAGACCAAUCUGCGAAUGACAAGGCGGUCAAGUCAUCCGUACCGUCGGUCGGUAUACGCUGCUCAGCACGAAUCAGAGGAAAUACAUCAUGAGCAGAGACGGGAUCGAAAGGACUCAGCCCUGCAAGUUUACUUCUUCAGGUUUUGUCAGAAUUAAAGGCAAGCCUCGAUAUAGGCGGCGCCGUCCUCGACGCGGCCGCUGUCACGGUUAGCCUCAGCCUACGGCCUUUGGAGCUGCACUUGCUAUACCACGAGCAAGAAUUCCCUUUGACCUGUAUGUGCAUGAUGACGAGCAUGAAAAUCACGGUAUGUCGGUCGAUGCAGACUGGGGGAACCUAUCCACGAUCUUGCACAUGGCAAUCGUUAGUCUGGUUCAAGCUCAGAUACCACUCGGCGAAAGACUUGAUGUCGCCACAUUGGCUUCCGUCGAAGUGCUACGCGAGUCUUGCUGACGAGGAAGCUUCGACCCACCGAACUCGGCUGAGCUACCUCUUGUCUAUCUCAGCUUCGUGGACAAUUCACGACCCGCCUCACAAAUCAUCGCCAGUCACUACAUUG